AUGUCUCCGUCGGUAUCUCUCAUCGGCGACGUCUCCUUCGGUGGCUCUUGUCGGCGACCUCUCCAUCGGUGGUUCUCCUGGAGGCGACAGAGCUCUCUCUCGGUGGCUCUUUCGAAAUCGAAAGUUUGUUGGUUCUGUCACUCGAUGGGUCUUCUCCUCGAAGAUUUCCCUCGGUGGCUUAAAUCGAAGCUUUCACCUCAAAUCGAAAGUCAGCUCCCUAACAAUGAAUAUCCAACUCAGUUUCUGAGUUUUUCACCUACUCCAGACGUUGGAGGAUCUGCUUCACAUGCACAAACUGGUGAGGACCGUAAGCAAAGGUGCAAGUGGUCAACAGCUGAAGACCUGGUCCUCAUUAGUGCAUGGUUGAACACCUCCAAAGAUCCACUCGUUGGAAAUGAGCAAAAGGCAGGAACCUUUUGGAAGAGGAUUACGGCUUACUAUAACGCAAGUCCCAAGGUGGUUGGUUUGGCUCCAAGAGAGCAGACCCACUGUAAGCAAAGGUGGGGGAAGAUAAAUGAAGGUGUCUGCAAGUUUGUGGGGUCAUUUGAAGCUGCAACAAAACAGAGGACCAGUGGCAAGAAUGAAGAUGACAUUUUGAAGGCUGCACAUGAUAUAUUCUCCAACGAUUACAAGGUGAAGUUCUCAUUGGAACAUGCGUGGAUGGAGCUUAGGAAUGAUCAGAAAUGGUGUGGGACUCAAGGAAGUAGUCAACAAAGCUCAGGUUCGAAAAGAAAGAGGGUGGGGGAAGAACAAUCUUUUCAGUCAUCAGCCUCUAUGCCCAGUGUUAAUGGGGAGGAUGAAGCAAUGGAUAGGCCUAUUGGUGUUAAAACUGCAAAGGCGAAGGCUAAAAGGCCAGUGGGAGAAGAACUGAAGAUUCCGCAAGGGUUUUAA